CGGGCAGCCUCGCGACGAUGGAGGCGGCCACCAGCGAUGGGUCCGCGAGCAGCAGCGUGGUCCCCUCGUCGAGCGGUGCGACGACGCCGACGCGGUCGAGCACCGUGGCCUCCGCUCAGACAAAUGACAGUGAGGCCGAGGCGGCGGCGGCCGAGGCGGCGGCGCUGCGGGUCGAGAUGGCGGCGCUGCAGGAACGGCUCGCCCGGGCCGAGGCCAAAGAGCGAAGUUGCCGGGCGAAGGCCGCCGUCGCGGACGCGGACGCCGGACCGGCGCCGGAGGCCGACGCGCCGACGAUGCUCGUCACCGAGUUCGAGGGAUAUGAGGAGGGCCCGCCCGACGAGUUACAACGCAUGCAAGUAUUAAACGAAGACGGCGAGCUCGUGGACAAGCCGCCCCUCGACGAGGCGGAGCAGAAGCGUCCCAUGGCCGAGCACGACGCGCACCUCGCGGGGCUCGCGAAGACGGCGCUGGCGCACCGGCGGAAGGGCCGGUACAAGGCCGCCGCCUCAUCCAGACUCGAGGCGCUCUCGUACGCGCGGAACGUCCACCGGGCCCGCGCGCAGGGCCUGGCGCACGAGUCCGUGACGCCGGAGGCCGCGCGGGACCGCCUCAGUUCCGCCGUCGUGAAUUACGUCGGCGAGGCCGUCGGCGAGUACAACGACCGCGGUAGGAGGGCGUUGAAACGGGGCAAAACGGGCGACUACCGCGAGGCGUGCCAGUACUUUGCGGCCUUCCGCGAGACGAUCAAGAAGCUGGGCAAGGAGACGCACGAGCUGCCCGGCGCCGUGUGCGAGGCGUGGUCCCGCUUCGCGUCGCAGGAACUCGCGUACGCCCUAUAUACGCUCGGCCGCGGCGAGCUCGCGGGCCACGCGGGCGCGAAGCGGCGGCCGGGCUGCGAGGGCCCCGUCGACGCCUGUGCCACGCUGAAAGCAGCUUUAGACCUCGAUCCGGGCCUCGCGGGCCCGCAUCGGAGCGCGGCCCUCGGGGACCUCGCGGCGGCGCUCGACGGCCGCGGCGCGCCGCGCGCCGCCGUCCUCGCGGCGCGCGACGGCCAGGUCGCGGCGAUGGCGGCGCCCGAGGAGGUGGAGCCGGCGGGCGUCUUCGACCGCGCGCGCCGCGCGGCGCCGCCGGCGCGCUGGACCGACGCCGACGCGCGCGUCGCGGCGCUCGCCGACGCGGCGCGCCUCGCCGGCGAGCUCGUGCGCAAUCGGUGUCUUCAUCCGUUCUUGUGUGUGGCUGCUCGAGUCGGGGCGCGAUAGUGGUACUCUCGCUCACGCCGUUUCCUCACGCAGGGCGACCAUAAAGCCGCGGCGGACCGCGCGAACGACGCCGUGCGCGCGGCGACGUCGCCGCCGGCGCACGCGGCGGCGGCGCUCGCCGUCGGUCGCGCGGCGCUGGCGCGCGGCGACGCGCGCGCGGCGGCCGCGGCGCUCCGCGACGCCUUGAAUGACACGGCGCUGCCGGCGGAUUUGCGGCCGGGCGCGCAGCGCGACCGCGACGCGGCCGAGGCCACGGCCGCCGUCGCCGUGACCGCGCCGCCGGGGGCACCGGUGCCCUGGUACGCCCCGCCUCCGGCGGAAACUGCCGAUCCGGCCGACGACGCUGCCAUCGAGGCGGCGCAGGCCGCCCUCUGGAGCAAGAAGGACGCGCGGAAGGCGGCGGGGAUCCUCCGGCGCGCCGUCGCCGGCGCCGAGCGGGCGCCGGCGGCGCUGCUGGCCUUCCUGUACGGCGUCGAGGCUCUCGUGCUGCGGGCGGACGCCGCGGAGGCGUCCCACGUGCUCGCGCGCGCGCGGCGCGCCGCCGGCCGCGAUCCAGCCCUCGGCGACUGCGCGUGCUGCGGCGCGGCGAUGAGCGUCGACGCCCCGGCCGCGGACCGGCCCUUCGUGCUCGGGUGCGGCCACUGCUUCCACGCGCCGUGCCUCGCCGGCUUCUGCGCGAAGCAGCAGGGCGAGUGCCCGUCGUGCGGGAAGACCGCGGACGCCGAGGACGUCGCGUGCUUGUGGCUGUGGGCCUUUGGCGACCGCGCCGCCCGCGGGGAGCCGCUCUCGGACGCGCAGCGCGCGCUCGCGAACGAGCUCUGCGACGCCGGGCUGGCGAAGCGGAUCCAGCCUCCCUCGUCGUCCUCGUAG